UGAAUUUAAUUUUUUUCAUCCAAAGUCCGAAGUUCGCUGUUGCGUGUAGUAUAUUCAUAUUCGUGGUUUCCUCCACCAAAAUCUAUUUUUUUUCUUUCUUUCCAAUUGUAUAUUUUGUGUAUAAUUGUAGAUGAGGCUAGCUAAACGAUUGAAGCUUUAAACUAUACAAAGUCAUACCCAGUUGAACUCUUGCUUAGUGUACAAGCACUCUGGACUUUAAUCGUUUUUGUUUUUGAGUUCGUUUAACGUUUUCCGAGUGAGUCGUUCUUAUUUUGUUUGCCUUUUUCGUUGUUCAAUCUUUUUUAUACAGCGAUAGUAUUCCCUGGUGAUAAUUUUAAGUGUUAUCUCUGUUACAAAGAAACUCAUUUUUAAUAUUCCUUUGUUUCUUUUGUUUUUUUGAUACAAAGAAAAAUACUUUUUAAAAUUUUCACAAAAUGGCCAUUAAACUUGAGAACAAUCUACUACUGCCCAUCUUUUUAAUAUCCCUGGCAAUCCUUGGCACCACUGUAAUUGCCACAGACUCUAGCCAACCCGUUAAUCUCGAUGAACUCAAGUCCCAAAUUCCCCCCGAAUUAACCAAUGGCAAUCUAACAGACAAAGCAAAGAAUCUGUUCAAGGACAAGUGUCGCAAAGUUGCUGGCAACGACACCGGAGACGACGCCUUUGCUAGCCUCGAACAAGGCAUUGCCACUGCCAUCGAAUGCGUCACAGAAAUCGUCAAUAUGACUGCAAUUCAAAUGGAAAUUGAAAGUGCCCGUCCAACUGGCGAUUUGGAUGUGGUCUUUAAUAAAUAUUGUAAAAAACGUCCCGAUGCAAUGGGUUGUCUUCGUAAUUUGGUUCAAAAAUUCGAACCAUGUUUGGAACAAGACGAACGUAAUAACACUGAUGUUUUGAUGGGUAUAUUUGAAUCCCUUUUGAACUUUGUUUGCCACAAAGGUGGCGAUCAGAUUGCUCUUUUUAUCGCCGAACGUGGACCUGAAUGUUUAGAGUCGAAAAAGGAAGCUAUUCAACGUUGUAUGAAUAACACUUUUGGGGAUUAUGUUCCUAAAGAGAAUAUUGAAAAUAUGGAAACUUUGCCAAAGUUUAUAAUUGGACCAAAACAAUGCGAUGACAUUCAGAAGCUUUCUGACUGUGUUACCAGUGAGUUGGAGAAAUGCGACGAAAUUACACCAGCCAAUAUAAUUGAGUCGAUGUUUCGUUUUAUUAAAAAUGAGACAAUUUGUCGGAAUGAACUUUCGACUGCUCAUCAGAAAUCGAAUAUGUCAUCGUCGGCUUCGUCGUUGUCGUCAAUUCUGUCCGGAAUGAUGGCUGUUGCAUUGCUCACAAUUGCCAUUAGCACACAACGACGAACAUAGUUUUACUCAGAGUUGAUGGCAUUUGGGAAGGGAGGAGGAGGAGGAGGAUGGUACGCCUUCGAUUUGCUUAAUCUUUAGUACCUAACAAUCAAUACUGUUCUAUAAUUAUCAUCAUCAUGCAUAUAAUAACAACACAAAAUGUACUUGGCUACUUCGUUCGGAUCGAGAUCGAUGUUUUUCUACAAACAAAAAAAUAUAGAUAAUUUUUCUUCUUCUUUCAACAACAACAAUAAAUUGUGGUGGAUUUAAAACGAAUAUAAUAUAG